AUGAAGUAUCUAUUUUGGGUUGUGUGUCUGUAUGUUUUUUGUCCGUAUGGGUGCCGGAGCAGUGAGCUAAAUGGGCAGGAGGACUUCAUGCUUGUUGCAGGCCCUCUAACAAAGCAGCUGGUGAGAAGCACAAGCAGUGCAGUGAAUGAUGCCUUUGACUGCAGCCAUGCCAUACCUCCAGGCUCUAACCAGUACUUUAAGUACCUCCAGAGCAGAGGGGUGACUCACUUCAAAGUGCCGCUGUCAUGGGCUCAACUCCUGCCUACAGGCCUCCCCAGCCAGCCUCAGCAGACUGUGGUUACCUGUUACCAGACCCUGCUGAAACAGCUGCUGGAGGUGGGCCUUCAGCCUCUGGUCGUCCUUCAUGGAUCCACAGUGCCAGAAGUUCUGAGAUCAAGGUUUGGAGGCUGGGAGAGCAAGGAGCUGGUAGAGCUGUUUCAGCAGUAUGCUGAGUUUGCCUUCCAGGAGUUUGGAGCCCUGGCAGACUCAUGGGUUACAAUGAGUGACUUGGAUGAAGUUUGGCAUGAUGGGCAGCCUGCAGGUGCUAGUCCUCUGCAAAAUGUACUCCAACUCAGUGAGAACAUUUACCAGCUCUACCAUCAACAGUUUCCAGACAAAGGGAGACGUCUGUCAAUUGGGUUGAGAGCUAGUGAUGUUGAAGUUCUUCCCCAGAUCAAAGGUUUAACUACAAUGGAUUUCUUGUCAGUGCACAUUGAAUAUAACUGUGCCUCUGCAUCAGACUUUGAAAAGAUUCUGAGCAGCUUGCAGAUGUCCAGUGGCAAUUUGCCAAUCCUGAUAUACAAGGUGACUGUUGAUAGUUGCUCCUACAGUCAAUUCCAGCUACUUGGCCAUUUUCUACAAGUCUUGAACAACAAUGACCUGGCUAUUGUGGGAUGUGACAUGAUGGAUAUUUUGCAUAAGAUGGACAUGCAGGACAUCCUAACCAGGUAACAAUUUAUUAGUGGUUUUUCAGACUACAAUGGAAUUACAGCAUUUAGAAAUAGUUAUCAGAAUGUGUGGAAUAAGUUUGGGGCCCAGACGACAACAGAACGAGAUCUUUUCCUCAACGAAUCAUUCCCCCCAGGCUUCCAAUGGGCCACCUCCAGUGAAUCCUUUAAGGUUGAAGGUGGUUGGUUAGAAGAUGGGAAGGGAGAAACCAUUUGGGACCGUUUUGGUCAUGAAAACAAGGUUUUUGACAAUCACACAGCUGAUCUGGCUUGUGACAGUUACCACAAGGUUGAUUAUGAUGUCUACCUCCUGCGAGGUCUUCAUGUCAACACCUACCAGUUUUCCAUCUCCUGGUCCCGUAUUUUUCCCUCAGGCCACCGGGCCAGUCAAUCAGAGAAAGGGUCCCUCUACUAUGAUAAGCUGAUCAAUGCUCUUAUUGACUCUGGCAUACAACCUGUUGUCACUCUCUACCACUGGGAUCUGCCUCAGGCCCUCCAGGACUAUGGUGGAUGGACCAACGCUUCCAUUGUUGAAGCCUUCAAGGACUAUGCAGACUUCUGCUUCUCCAGGUUUGGAGACAGGGUCAAGACCUGGAACACAUUUAGUAGCCCCUGGGUGGUAAGCCAUGCUGGGUAUGGCACUGGUGAGCAUGCCCCUGGAUUAAAAGACUACGUGGUUGCCUCCUAUAAGGCCACUCACAAUAUGCUGAAGUCCCAUGCUGAAGCCUGGCAUGUCUACAAUGACAAGUACAGGUUGACACAAGGAGGGAAAGUGGGCAUUGCAUUGAACUCUGACUGGGCUGAGCCCAUGGACCCCUCCAGACCUGAAGACAUAGUUGCUGCAGAUCGCUAUCUGCAGUUCAUGCUGGGCUGGUUUGCACAUCCCAUAUUUGUAGAUGGGGAUUAUCCUGCAACACUCAAGACUCAGAUAGAACAGAAAAGAAAUAAGUGUCCCCAUUCUGAGUCUGCAAGACUUCCAGUUUUCACAGCUGAAGAGAAGAGGAUCCGUGGUACAGCUGACUUUUUGGGAUUAAACCACUAUACUUCCCGGUUGGUUAAUAACAGUGAUGGUGGCUGCACCCCUGGUCCUCAGGGGGUGGGCGACUACCAGGCACAUGUGGACCCAUCAUGGUCCUCUACAGCAUCUGACUGGAUCUAUUCUACACCCUGGGGACUUAGAAGACUUCUAAACUACAUUUCCACAGAGUACUUGAAUGUUACCAAAGUGCCUAUCCACAUAACUGGGAACGGUAUGCCUACUCAGUACAGAGGAGAGACUCUCAAUGACAUCAGUAGAAUAGAGUACAUGAAGAGUUACAUCAAUGAGGCCCUGAAAGCAAUGUUCUUAGAUGGGGUUGAUGUGCAGCGAUUCACAGUGCAGUCUCUCAUGGAUGGAUUUGAGGGAAAACAAGGCUACAGCCAAAGAUUUGGUCUUCACCAUGUCAACUUUGAAGAUGCAGACAGGCCAAGAAGCCCAAAGCAAUCUGCAUACUUCUACUCUCAGGUUAUCAAGCUAAAUGGCUUUGGUUCACACAAAAGAGAUGUGUUUAAAGUGGCAGAGAUGCAAUUUACCCCCCGUCCAACUGCUUUAUCACCCUCAGAGGUUCCAUCUAAAUCAAAGGUUGUCUGGGAGAAAUUCUCACACCAGUCAAAAUUCCAGAGAAAGGUGUACCACUAUGGCACUUUCCCACAAGGUUUCAGCUGGGGGGUAUCGUCUUCAGCUUACCAGAUUGAAGGUGGCUGGAAUGCUGAUGGAAGGGCCAGUGUCUGGGAUACAUUCACCCAUAAACCUGGCAGUAUUCCUGGUAAUGUCAAUGGAGAUGUGGCCUGCGACAGCUACACCAGACUUGAAGAAGACCUCUACAUGCUGCGAGCUCUAAGGGUUAAAUCAUACAGAUUCUCUUUGUCCUGGUCAAGGAUCUUUCCUGAUGGUCAGAGUACCUCUUUGAACCAGAAAGGUGUUGACUACUACAAUAGACUCAUUGAUGGCCUUUUAGCAUAUAACAUCACUCCUAUGGUGACACUCUACCACUGGGACCUCCCUCAAGCUUUGCAAAACCUUGGUGGCUGGGACAAUGUAGAUAUGAUUAACAUUUUUAAUUACUUUUGCGACUUUUGCUUUGCCACCUUCGGUGACAGAGUGAAAUUUUGGAUGACCUUUAACCAGCCUCACACAAUUGCAUGGUCAGGGUAUGGACUUGGACAGAUCCCACCGAAUGUUAGAAAUCCAGGAGUUGCACCAUACAGAGUUGCACACAACCUUAUAAAAGCACAUGCCAAGGCUUACCACACAUAUGGUGAUAAGUAUCGCAAAUUGCAAGGUGGUCGAGUGUCCAUUGCGCUCAAUGCUGAUUGGAUUGAACCUAAAGAUGUUAAUGUUCCCCGUGAAGUGGUGGCCGCUGACCGUGCCAUGCAGUUCCAACUGGGUUGGUUUGCACACCCCAUUUUCAAGAAUGGAGACUAUCCUGAUGCAAUGAAGUGGCAAGUUGGAAACAAAAGUGAACUCCAAGGCCUUUCAGAGACAAGACUACUGUCCUUCACUGAAGAAGAAAAGAGUUUCAUCAAGGGAACUGCUGACAUGUUCUGUGUAAAUCAUUACACUACAAAGAUUGCACGCCAUGCUACAUUGAGACUUACUCCCCAAUCUUAUGAUUAUGACCGUGACUUGUCAGAAGCAGAGGAAGAUGAUUCAUCAACUACUGCCAUCAGUAACCAGAGAGCCGUAGCAUGGGGUUUGAGAAGGCUCCUCAACUGGAUCAAGGAGGAGUACGGAGAUCCCGAUAUUUACAUCACUGAGAAUGGAGUUGCUACAGAAUCAAAGACAACUUGGGAUGACUCUGCCAGAGUAUUUUAUUACAAGACCUAUGAUGAGGUUCUUAAAGCUUUUGAUAUUGAUGGUGUGAAGGUGAAAGGAUACAUAGCAACAUCUCUAAUGGAUUCUUUUGAGUGGCUUAAUGGGUACAAAGUUGGAUACGGUUUACACCAUGUAGACUUCACUAACCCCAACCGGCCGAGGACACCAAAGUACUCAGCUCAUUUCUACUACCAAGUCAUAAAGGACAAUGGUUUUCCUACACCAGAUGAUGAGAAGCUACUUCAUGGACAUUUCCGCAAAGAUUUCAUCUGGAGUACUGCAACAGCAUCAUACCAGAUUGAAGGGGGAUGGAGAGCAGAUGGAAAAGGUCUCAGCAUCUGGGACAAGUUUGCUCACACUCCUCUCCGAGUGUUUAAUGACGACAAUGGGGACAUAGCCUGCGACAGUUACCAUAAAGUAGAAGAGGAUGUUGCUAUAUUGAAGCAACUUAAGGUGACCCAUUAUCGUUUCUCCAUAUCCUGGCCGAGGGUGCUUCCUGAUGGCACCACCAAGCACAUCAAUGAGGCUGGACUCAACUACUACCACAGGCUGGUGGAUGCACUGCUAGCUGCAAACAUCCAACCCCAUAUAACUCUCUACCACUGGGACCUUCCACAAGCUCUGCAGGAUAUUGGGGGCUGGGAGAAUGAUACUAUUAUCGUCAAAUUCAGGGAUUAUGCUGACCUUAUCUUUAGCCGUCUUGGCCACAAAGUGAAAUUCUGGAUCACCAUUAAUGAGCCGUACAAUGUAGCCAAUAUAGGCCAUGGCUAUGGAGCAGCUGCCCCAGGGAUCAGUUUCCGACCGGGGACUCUGCCCUACAUUGUGGGUCACAACCUGCUUAAAGCUCAUGCUGAGGCCUGGCAUCUCUACAAUGACAAGUAUCGAGCCGCACAGAAAGGAAUUAUCUCAAUAACCAUCAACUCGGACUGGUCAGAACCCAGAAAUCCCUAUAAGCAGGAGGACAUUGAUGCUGCAAGACGUGUGCUGCAGUUCUACAUUGGCUGGUUUGCCCAUCCUGUAUUUAAUGGAGACUACAGCAACAUGAUGAAGACCAUCAUUCGAGAGCGAAGCUUAGCUGCUGGUUUGUCAAAAUCUAGGCUUCCUGAAUUCACAUCUGAGGAGAUUAAGAGGAUUAAGGGUACCUACGAUUAUUUUGGGUUCAACCAUUAUACCACUGUCCUGGCAUUCCCUGUGGAGUAUGGAAACCUUCAGCACUAUGAUGCCGAUAGGGGUGCGGGAACUAUUGCUGAUCGUACCUGGCUGGAUUCAGGUUCAUCCUGGCUGAAGGUCUCACCGUUUGGAUUCAGGAGAAUAUUAAACUUCAUUAAGGAGGAGUAUGGAAAUCCACCUAUUAUCAUCACAGAAAAUGGCAUCUCAGAGCGGGGUCCUAUUGACCUAAAUGAUACUUUUAGAAGCUACUACUAUGAAAAAUACAUCAACCAGCUGCUGAAAGCUUACCUGCUAGAUAAUGUGGACAUCCGUGGUUACACAGCUUGGACACUGAUGGAUAACCUUGAGUGGGCCACUGGCUUUUCAGAGAGAUUUGGCUUUUUCUACGUUAAUCGCUCAGACCCUAAACUGCCUCGAGUGGCCAAGACUUCUGUUGCCCUCUACUCCACAAUCAUCAACUGCAACGGAUUCCCCGACCCCACCUUGGGACCCCAUGAGUGCAUGAACCCCAUGCCUGAAGGAACAAGUGCACCAAUCACACCCCUUCCCCUUGUCAACACUGUGAGCUUCCUGGGAAUGAAGCUCUCUGCCAGUGAUGCUGAGACUGGACUUAACACCACAUUCGCUCUACUGAUUGUUGCAAUAUUUGGAGCUAUCUGUUCAUCCUGUUGCUUCUUUAAAGCAAACAACAAAAAAAAAAAACAUUCCAAAAACUGCAUGUUGAAUCUAUAAACAUGGAGAGGAAGCUCUAAUAGCAAGUAUAUGCAGAGCUGUAAUAGACGUCCAACACGUCUGAGCUGCAUAGUCAUAUAAAUACAAUUGUAUAAAGCGUCCUGCAUGUUAAUAAAGUUAGAGAUAAAAUAUAUGUAUCUGUAUAAUACAAUGGAAACUGCAGUGAAUCCCAAGAUGUCGUUAAAAGUAAAACACAAAUUAAAUUACUUAUGUCUUUCACUUCAUUUAACCCAGUGAAAUAUUUAAUGACUUGCUUAAUGCAUCAAUAUGACAAAUGAUAGCAUCUUCUCACCAUCAUUGUGUUACUGUUCAGACUCAAUGACAGAUGCUCUCAGAUAAUUCUUACACACUUCUUUUUCUACAAUGAGAAGUGCUGUUACUUUAUCUUACAUUGUGAAACAAAGUCUUGCACAAUGCAUGAAAUUCUGACUUGCAUAAGCCUGUUUUGUUUGUCAUUAAUGCCAUAUAAGGUCUAUUACUUACCAUCAGUGGUCUCAGUGACAAAUUUAUGUAUCUUAGAAAAAGUCAACUUUCUGUUAAACAUUUGGAGGCUGCAGCUCUGUCAUUACUUUUGCUGUGUCCUGUAAUGGUGAGCAUGUCGAGAGAGACCACAGCAUGGUCUGCAGCCAUCUGAAAUACAGAUGUGCUGCUGGCCUAGCGGCAGCCUGGUAUACUCCCCAGGGUCAUCACACCAUCCUAUGAAGGAAACAUAUUGCCCUAUUAAUGUAAUGUAUUAUAUACAUAUAAAGAUGACAUCUACUUCAAAGUCUAAAACAAGAAAGCUAAACUAGAAUUUUCCAAGGAAACUGAACUAAAAGAACAAGUGACACUUGUCUGAAUGAAAAGGACAGAUCAUAAUUUAUCCAGUUUAACUAUAGUUUAGCUGAACCUAAGCUGGUAGGUUGAACUUUACAGAUAGGUUUUAAACCCUGUAGUGCCAGAUUAACUCCGUUUCAAAAUGCAGUCAGAGUCAAGUGACAAAACCAGUGAGAGCCUCUUGAAGGGCAGUAGUUGUUAAUAAUGUGCUCUCCAUCCAAAUGAAGAUAUUCACCCUGAGAUUAAAGUAGAUUUUAUCCCCCCCAAAUACAGUAAGGUUAUUUGCGUAUGCAAGUUCAUAAAAAUAAGGUAUUAGGAAUUGGCUGACUUUUCCCCACUAGAUUGUUUUGUUUGCUUUUACUUUAAUUGAACAGACUUCAAGUAUUUAACUACAAUUGAAAGUGGACAAUUUGACCAUUCAAAGCAAGUAACACAACAAUACAAAACAAUUUGUUGAAAAAAUUUAUUAUAAAAACUAACCACAAAGUACUAUCAAUACAAAAAAGUAUAAAAAGUACAAAAAGCAUUGCUCAAAAAUAACUCGAUGACAAUAUUUGAGUAGGCAUUAAUGGCACUGUGGAUACGAUUCAGAAUACAAAAGAU